AUGGCCGCCGCCUGCGCCCUCCGCCGCCUCCGCCUGCCUCUCCUGCUGUCGGCAGCUGCCGCGCGGCGGCCUCCCCGUCGCUUCCUGGCGGCGGCGGCGCCUCCGUUCCAGUACAUCGUGGUGGAGAAGCGCGGCUCGGCGCAGAACGUGGCGGUGAUCCGCCUGAACCGCCCGCAGGCCCUGAACGCGCUGUGCGACGGGCUGAUGACCGAGGUGAGCGAGGCGCUGGACGCCCUGGAGCGGGACUCUGGCGUGGGCGCCGUGGUCAUCACGGGCAGCGAGAAGGCCUUCGCGGCCGGCGCGGACAUCAAGGAGAUGCAGGGCCGCACCUUCCAGGAGUGCUACGCGGGGAACUUCCUGGCGCACUGGAACCGGGUCUCCACGGUCAGGAAGCCCGUCAUCGCUGCGGUCAACGGCUACGCGCUCGGCGGAGGCUGCGAGCUGGCCAUGAUGUGCGACAUCAUCUACGCCGGCGAGAAGGCGCAGUUCGGGCAGCCCGAGAUCCUGCUGGGCACCAUCCCCGGCGCCGGCGGCACGCAGAGGCUGACCCGGGCCGUGGGCAAGUCCCUGGCCAUGGAGAUGGUCCUCACUGGCGAGCGCAUCUCGGCGCAAGAGGCCAAGGCGGCCGGCCUGGUCAGCAGGGUCUGCCCCGUGGACAAGCUGCUGGACGAAGCCGUCAGCUGCGGCGAGAAGAUCGCCAGGAACUCCAAGCUGGUGGCGGCCAUGGCCAAGGAGGCGGUGAACGCGGCCUUCGAGAUGACUCUGGCUGAGGGCAAUAAGGCAGAGAAGAGGCUGUUCCACGCCACCUUCGCCACGGACGACAGGAAAGAAGGGAUGAGCGCCUUCGUGGAGAAGAGGCAGGCGAACUUCAAGGACCACUGA